UUGUACCCACUCCAGACGCGAGAUAUACGCGUAUCGCUGAAAAUGUAACCAAGCUAAGGAAAAUAUAUCACGUAAUUCGCCACUUUACGUUCUCAAUAAAUUUUUACAUCGUCAGUUAAGUUUUAAAAUUUAUUUUCAAGUGAUUAUUUAACAGAAACAUGUUAUCGUUAUUACAAGUGAUUUAAAAAACCGCGAUUAUUUUAAUUUAAAUGAAAAAAAAAAAUUUCUUAGUCGUAAUUUUAUAAAUAAUUGUUGACGAACUCUUAGUUUUCUAUAAUUAAUAACGUGGAUCUCCAGUAAAUCUCACGGGAUUAAACGAUGAAGCUGCACGAAAAAGAGUCGAGUAUUCACCGGGUACAGGAAGUGGUACUAGAGGAAAUAGAUCUUCUGAAAGAGUACAAUGUAGAAAAGACCCUAGGCGAGGGUAGUUUUGCCAAAGUUUUACUGGCGACACACCGCAAAACCCAAACACGGGUCGUUCUGAAAGCCGUGCACCAGGAAUUGACAACAGAAAAAGACUUUUACCGGGAGUUUCACUACUCAUACCACUUGAGCCCGCAUCCGAACAUCCUCAGCUCAUAUGCAGUGGCAUUCAAGGCAGAGAAAUGUUACAUAUUUGCCCAGGAGUACGCACCCUUUGGUGACCUGGCAGGCAACGUAAAGGCGGGAGGUUUGAACGAGGACGUUUGCAAAAAAAUCGCCAGUCAAUUGGCUUCGGCGCUUGACUUUUUACACUCUAAGCAACUUGCCCACCGCGAUGUCAAGCUGGAGAACGUCCUGGUCUUCGCUCAAGACAUGUCUAAAAUAAAACUGUGUGAUUUCGGGUGCAUAAAACGCGAAGGGACCCUGGUCAACAAAAUCCGGUGCACAUGGGUGCCGUUUUUGCCCCCGGAAAUCCACGAAGUCAUAAAAAAUGAGCGGUACACUUGCAAGCGUAGUGCCGAUUGCUGGCAGUUCGGUAUAGUUUUGUUCGUUUGUCUGACCGGUAACCCGCCGUGGCAAAGUGCUGACCCAAUUCAAGACCCUGACUACUCGUCAUUUCAGCGAUGGCUCAAGCGCCGGACGACAAAAAUUCCCGGGACAUUCCGUAGAUUUACUCCGCGUCUGCUGCGUUACUUCAGACGAGUCUUUGAACACAAGCCCGAGAAACGCGCAGUUGUUACGGAGAUAAAUAAAUAUCUAAAGGACACUUGGUGUGUAAGCAAAUUGAGCCACAGUGCGACCUCAACCAGUGUUGAAGUAAGUGAGAACACGCAAAUACCCAGACGAGGUGACAGCCUCCUCUACUUGGACACGAUCGUCGACGAGAGACUGAAUAUCGACGAGAACAAAAAUAAGCUGAGAAAAUUAUUGAAUAGCUACGGAUUAGAAACAGCCGUUGAUCAGAAGGUCGUCACCAAGAGGAUCUGGGAGUGGGUAAUGCAGUGCGACUCAAAUAUCGACGACAUCCAUCAUCAGCACGUCAGCACUGCGUACGGUACUGAGGCCAUGUGAGAUAUGGUAAAGUCCUCAAGCGAGCCCUGCUUAAAUCCUUCUAUUCGCGAGGUCAGACACUUGAGCUUCACUACUUUACAUGUUCCAGUCGAUGACAGAAGUUUGCACGCCGCCUCGCUCAGUUUUCAAUACUCCCCAGUAAUAAGUGAAAAGUAAAACAAAUAACUUUUUUUUUUUUUAAUAAACAAUUAUAAUUGAUGUGCCAAUUCUACAAACAAUUACGACUUUAACUUAUAAGUAAUUUUUUUUAGUAAUUUAUAUUUCGCAACGUAAUGAGACAAUCGUUGUACAGGGACGGACAUUGUCGCGGACAAUAAGUCAUGUAAUUUAUUUGCUAAGUAACUCUAGUUUUAUUUUAUUCAAGGCCUAAAGGAAGUUAAGUCCAAGCGGCUUUUAUAUUUAUAUAUUUUCAUUUGUUCAGAAAGAUGAUAAAUUUAAUGUAAAAAAAAAAAUAUAUAAAUAAAUAGGACUAGUCAUAGCUCAACGAGGACCAUGCAGAGUAGUUUGGAAACAGUGUAGGUUUAUAGUUAAAUAAAUCUAAUUAAUAUUUAUAAUAAUAAUAUUAAAUAUGUGUAUAGUUGAUUGCACGUUAGAACGAACGCGUUACCACGCAAAUAUAUUCUUGUAGAAAUUUAUGUAGAUUGUAUGAUACGCUAUAUAUAUAUAUGUGGGGCAUAAACUUUUCAGAUGGGAUAUAAUUUAUUUUUUUUUUAUUAAUAAACGUUUAGAUGAGUGUAAAUAAAUUGUUGAUAUGAUAAUAUAUAAGACGACGGAGGAAAAGCAUGAAAAUGGUAACGAUAGUAAUGAUAAAAAAAAAUAAAAAUAAAAAGUGUAUACGUUGAAACUGAACGUCUUGAAUUGACGUGUGAUAUAAAUUCACACAACAGCCAAAUAAAUAUAAAUUUAAAAGACUGAUUCAAUUUGUAGCGAAGGUAAAUUUAUAUUUAUCCUUCCAUAGAAAAUAAAUAAAACAAUCGAUUUUAUUUAUAUUCGAAGCACUUUAUAAGUAAUUAUUUAAAAAUACGUUAUUUAUUUAUUAAAUGACAAAUGCGAUAGUUCGAAUGCUGGGAAUUUAUAAUAAAAAUUAAGUGAUACUUGUGUUGUAUCCAUUUGACACACCUUAUGGGGUCCAAAAAUAAACUCACGAAUUUGUAAUUUAUAAUAAAAAGAACUAAAAUAAAAAUAAAAAUUUUUAUUGGUCAAUAAAAUGUGUGAGAGCCAAAUUAGAGCGUUCAGUAUCAACGAUUUAUUUUUAUGUUUAAUUAAUAAAUCGCCUUGCGGAUGUCCUACAUAAGGGCGUAUGUGGCAUCCGGAAACCACAAGGGCGUAUAAAAUUUUUUUUUACCUAACGGUCGAUUUUUUAUUUAAAAGUAAUGUACCUGAAGAUCGAAACGUUUUCUGCGGAACGAAAGUAAAAAUAAAAAAGCCAUUCGGCAUCCGAAAUGGAAGUAGAUUUCUUACGAUAAUUGUUCCACUUUUAAUAAGUAUAUAUAAUUUAAUAAUCACCCAUCAAAAAUUUUCAAAGAUAUUAACAAUAGCAUUAUCACCAUAACACAUAAGUCAAUUAUGUGACUUUGAACCCUUAUUAAAAGUCGAACAAUUAUCGUAAAACAAUAAAUAAAAAGAGGAAAAUAUAGCUUUUUCUGUCGGCUAUCAAGUUCUUUUUACAUAAUAAGGAUAGAUAUACCCGUUAAAAAGUUAUUUACGAAAAAAACAAAAAUAGGAUUUUUCGUUUUUUUUGGAAUUUCAAAUGUCCACCAUUUCUUAACUAGUUGACCGAUUUUGCUCAUUUUCCAACUUAACCAAGUUAAUCGUUCAUAUAAUUACACGGAAAAAAAUGAACUAUAUAAAUUGAGAAUUACAAGUAAUAUAAUGAUAAACUGAUCAGUAAAUACCAUCAUUCUAAAUAGUAAUUUUUUCGCUUAUGAUUCAAACGUGAAUAAUUACAGGAUAAGUAUGAAAAUUUAUUAUCUAUGUAAGAAAAAUUACUAUUUGAACUUUAAAAAUCGUAACUGAUACUUAGAAAAUAGACGAAACGUAUUAUAAAAUUUACUAUUUGAAUGUUAAAAUUCCCCAUAUUGACAACCGGGUUCUGGGUUAUAAUUUCAAAUAGUAAUUUUUAAAGUUUUUUUUUUUUCCGUGUAAGUAUGCCAAGUUUUAUUAAGAUCUGUUAAAAAUUGUGGCCGCUAUCGUCGCAACAUGGCGCGUUAUAUUAUAUAUAUAUACAUACAUAUAUAAACUUUUGAACCAAUGGUAUUUUUGGAACCUACUCGAUGAAUUAUGAUAGAUUAUAGCAAAAUUCUUUGAAAAUUCCACCAUGAGGACAAAUGCAAAAGAUAGAUUUCUAUGAAAUCUACUAAAAAUCUACUUGAUCUAUAUUUCUGAAAUGUUUCGAAUAGGCGCUAAUGUGUUGGUCGAAAAUUGUAGCCACCUCCAAUCACCCUCAAGCAGUAAAAUUUCAUAAAUUUUUUCAUUUUCGAUGCGCGAAAAACGUUCCAAUCUUCAGGUAGAUUAAAAGUACAAAGUACUAAUUUUGAUUUUUUUUAAUUUUUCUCAUACGCCCUUACACAGUUGAAAAUUUUGUGUUCUUGUGUAUAAAAAUUCAAUGGUUAAAUAUUUAGUGUCAAUUAUUCAACAACUUUUAAAUCUGUAUUAUUAUUUGACACGAGUAUGUGUUAAAUUAACACAAAAAAUUGAGUGGACCGUUUGGAACACGUGAUUUGUGUUAAAUUUAACACUGAUUUUUCAACUGUGUACGGUCCCGAGAUAGGGUGAGAUAUAAAAAAUUUUUUUUACGCCCUUAUGCCUUUGCACCGGCAUCUUUUGCUAGUAUACGCCCUUGGGACCUGCAACGCGAAAUAAAUAAAUGAAUAAUUUAUUUAUUUAUAUGAAUUUAAAAAAGGUCAUAGUAUUAUUUGUGUAUCAGUGUGUGUAUAAAGAUAAAAACCAAGUAGACGAUAAAUAGAAAUGACAAAGUAGUGAAAGUACCUUGUAAGAAAAAGGUACAAAAGUGAUAGUUAAAUAAAGUAUAUAAAUGUUUAUAUAUGUUGUGAUUACGUACUAAUUAUAAAAUAGGAAACAAAAUUGUUUGAUUGACUAUUGUUAAGAAUAAAUGAUUAUAAUGAUAAUGAUGAUGACGAGCUAAAUGUCUGCGUGAAAAAAAAAAAAAACGUUUUUACAUUUAUACGUUUAUUGAAACGAUCUCAAAUGACACUUUAUUUUUUAAGGUACGCAGACAGAGUUAAAUUUACCGUAUAAAUAAUUUAUGUUAAUUAUUGUAAGUAUAUUAAUAAUAAUAGAAAAAAAAAAUAUAUAUAUAUAUAU